AUGUCCGAGCCAUCGUAUUAUUUAGGUCUUGAUCUUUCAACACAACAAUUGAAAGGUCUCGCAAUCAAUGAAACACUAGAGAUAGUUGUUACCGAAACGGUUGAUUUCGAUAAAGAACUACCCCAUUACAAUACAACGAAAGGUGUUUACAUAAACGGCAAUGAUAUCGAGUGUCCCGUUGGAAUGUGGUUAGAGGCACUAGAUUUAUUGUUUGAAAAAUUCAAGAAGAAGGGCUUCAGUUUGAAUAACGUUAGAGCCAUUUCUGGAUCAUGCCAACAACAUGGGUCUGUUUAUUGGUCCCAAAAUGCCAAUACCUUAUUGAAAAACCUUGGAAGUGACACAGACAAAAGCCUGGUGUCUCAUCUAAUUCCCGAUGCCUUCUCGAGACAGACAGCCCCUAAUUGGCAGGAUCAUAGUACAGGAUCCCAAUGCCAGUCGUUCGAAAGAAAAGUAGGUGGACCACAGGCCUUAGCCGAAAUUACUGGUUCAAGGGCUCACUUUAGGUUUACCGGUCCUCAAAUCAUGAAGAUAGCAGAAAAGGAACCUGGAAAUUAUGCCAAUACAAGCUCUGUCUCUUUAGUUUCCAGUUUUAUAACAUCCUUACUCUGUGGUGAAUUGACCCCUUUAGAAGAAGCCGAUUCAUGUGGUAUGAACCUAUACGAUAUACGUAAACGUCAAUUUAAUGAGGAUUUGCUAUCCUUAAUCGAUUCCAAUGAAGACAAUAUCCGUACCAAGUUAAUGGAUCCGCCUUUGAAAUGUGACAAACCCGUAAGAUUAGGAAGUAUUUCCAAGUACUUUGUUCAAAAAUACGGAUUCAAUCCAUCUUGUUCAAUAUUCCCAUUGACCGGUGACAAUUUGGCUACCAUCUGUUCUCUACCUUUAAAGACGAAUGAUGUUCUUGUGUCUUUGGGGACAAGUACUACGAUUUUGUUAGUUACCAACCAAUAUCAACCCUCCCCGAAUUAUCAUCUAUUCAUCCAUCCAACUAUCCCAGAUCAUUACAUGGGUAUGAUUUGCUAUUGUAAUGGAGCCUUAGCCAGAGAAAAGAUUCGUGAUGAGUUGAAUGAAACAGGGGAAGGAAAUUCGUGGAAUUUAUUUAAUGAAGCUGUUUUAGAUGACACUAUAGACAACAGUGAUGAGCUAGGUAUUUAUUUCCCACUAGGUGAAAUUGUACCCAGUGUUAGUGCCAUAUAUAAGCGAGCUAAAUUUGACAAGGCAACUGGUGAAAUCAAAGCCAUUGUCGAUGAAUUUGCAAACAAGAAGCACGAUGCUAAAAAUAUUGUUGAAUCACAAGCUUUAAGUUGCAGGAUUCGUAUCUCACCUUUACUUUCCAAAGAAGGAAAUUCAAAUAAAAAUGAAAUGACUUCCAAUGAGAAUGGGACAGUGAAAUUUGACUAUGCUGAGAUUCCAAUAUCUGACUAUUUGAGUAAAAGACCCAAUAGAGCAUUCUUUGUUGGAGGUGCUUCCAAAAAUGAUGCUAUUGUCAAGAAAUUCGCUCAAAUUAUAGGCGCACAAGAAGGGAACUAUCGUUUAGAAACCCCAAAUUCCUGUGCUCUCGGUGGUUGUUACAAGGCUAUUUGGUCUCAAUUGUACCAUUUAGGAGAAACCAAAGAGUCAUUUGAUGUAUAUUUGGAUAAGCAUUUCCCAUGGGGGGAAGUGGAACGUAUUUGUGAGCCAGACGAGAAAGCGUGGGAAUUAUAUAACAAAAAAAUUGUUCCAAUGAGUCAUUUGGAGGCUCUAUUGUAA